GGAUCCAAACGUCAAAAACGUUCCAACGCUAGCGAGUGAUCAAGCGAAUAGUAAUUUUAUAUUAACGUGAUUACAGUAGUAUUGUGACAUAUUACACAACUUUGCAUCCAGCUCCAUCAGCAUCUUUUUGGAUUACAGUGCAGUGUAAAACAAUUUCUAGUUUUGAGUGUUUAAAUUGUUCAAAAGUGUAUCGAUCGAUUAGAUUGAGUUCUUCUACCAGUUCUUCAAAAAUGUGUGUGGAAACUGAAAACCAAAAAUCAGAAAUGUUCAACAGAACUAAACUAAGUCGUGCUAUGCACGCCAUGCUAACCCAAGCAAAAUCAAACAGUCGCCUAAUUUGUGGACUACUUCCUACCAUAACCCACCUUGAAAGUUCACCUGAAGAUGUAAUAUUUUGUCUACUUCCUCAAACCAGACCAGGCGAUGCCAGUGCUCAUAUGCAGACAGUAUUGCUACAGGCCUUUUGUUAUGAAAACUACAUACCAGUCAUUCAGGUGGAUAGCAGUGAAAAAUUAGCUGAUUAUUGUGGAGAAACCUUCUCCGAAAACGAAACCAGUUAUUGCACUUGUGCCAUAGUAACCAGAGACUUUAGCUUGCCAUCUACUCCAGAGGAUGAGAUUCCUAUGUCACCCACAGAGAAGAUGUUAGCAGAUUUUUAUGAUUUUACCUUGGAGCAGUCAACAAAACCAAUUAUUGAAUUGCCCAGUUGAAUUUAUUCUGAUUGAACAUACCACAAUGAAUAUAUUCAAAAAUGGUUAAAAAAACCUGCAGUUGGCAGCAUGGCAGCUACAGUGCUUCUGGAGUGAUAGGUGCCAUCAUGAUGUCUUGAAUGACAUAAGAUGCAUUUAUUGUAAAGGUGUCUUAUAAAUGAUGUGAAUUUAAAUUUAUAUUGGACACAAGAUCCUAUCUUGUUUUCCUUUUAUUUUGCUUUGCUGCAGGAAGCAGGCAUUGCAAUUGUUGUAGGAUUGAUUAUGUAUAGAUUGUUUGACAUUAGGUACUUUAACAUUAUAUUGUUGAUAAGUUUAUUUUGUAAUAGAUAAUCAGAAGAGAUUGUCUGUAAUGUGUAUGUAUAAUGUUGUUAAGACAAACAUGUAAGAUUUUUUGAGAAUAAACAAGUGAUGAAA